CGGAGUCGAGCUGGUUGCAGUCACGGAGCUCUGGUACUGAGCGGGCUGGGUCUAUGGUCACUCCGCCGGCUGGUGCUUUUUCAUCAGGACAAGCUGUGUUCCAUGGCAGGGAACUUUUGGCAGAGCUCCCACUAUUUGCAAUGGAUUUUGGAUAAACAAGACCUUUUGAAGGAGCGCCAAAAGGACUUAAAGUUUCUCUCAGAAGAAGAGUAUUGGAAAUUACAAAUAUUUUUUACAAAUGUUAUCCAAGCAUUAAGUGAACAUCUUAAAUUAAGACAGCAAGUUAUUGCCACUGCUACAGUCUAUUUCAAGAGAUUGUAUGCCAGGUAUUCUCUGAAAAGUAUAGAUCCCAUAUUAAUGGCUCCUACUUGUGUGUUUUUGGCAUCCAAAGUAGAGGAAUUUGGAGUAGUCUCAAAUACAAGAUUGAUUGCUGCUGCUACUUCUGUAUUAAAAAAUAGAUUUUCAUAUGCCUUUCCAAAGGAGUUUCCUUAUAGGAUGAAUCAUGUAUUAGAAUGUGAAUUUUAUCUUUUAGAACUAAUGAAUUGUUGCUUGAUAGUAUAUCAUCCUUAUAGACAUUUGCUCCAGUAUGUGCAGGACAUGGGCCAAGAAGACAUGUUGCUUCCCCUUGCAUGGAGGAUAGUGAAUAAUAUCUACCGAACGGAUCUUUGCCUGCUGUAUCCUCCUUUCAUGAUAGCUUUAGCUUGCCUGCAUGUAGCCUGUGUUGUACAGCAGAAAGAUGCCAGGCAAUGGUUUGCUGAGCUUUCUGUGGGCGUGGAAAAGAUUUUGGAAAUAAUCAGGGUCAUUUUAAAACUCUAUGAAUAGUGGAAGAAUUUUGAUGAGAGAAAAGAGAUGGCAACUAUUCUUAGUAAGAUGCCCAAACCAAAACCACCUCCAAACAGCGAAGGAGAGCAGGGUAUAAAUGGAAGUCAGAACUCUAGCUACAGCCAUUCUUAA